GGGCCCACAUAGACCUAGAAUCGGUGUCUCUCUUUCCUCUCUACCUUGCUUACCGGCGAUAACUCACCCCCGCAAACCGCUCCACCGCCUCCGCCGCCGCCGCCGCCUCUCCUCAAGCUUCCGUUCCAAAAUCCACGCCGGCGACAUGCCGCCCAAAGAGCUACCGGGGUUCUACUACGACCCGGAGAAGAAUCGCUACUUCCCCAUCAAGGGCCCCAUCCCGGGCGCCGCCACUCGUCGCCCUCCCCCUUCCGCUCCCCCAACGCCGCCGCCCGCUGCCACAGCGGGAUGCAGCAGGAAGAGGGCGAGGCGGCCGGAGCUGCUCAGCGCCAGGGAGAUGUACGGCGGCGGAGUCAUCUUCUCCAACAAGGCCACCAGGUCCACAUUCAAGCAGCAGUGCCAGUACUUGCAGGCGUCUCAGCCCAUGGUCUGGAAAUACCAAGCCACGACCUUGGUGGCUGAUAAGGCGCUGGAACAAUUGAACACGAUGGUCCAGACACCGCAAGGGCUGAGAGAGUCCAGGAUGCUAGUGACAGGCAGCAUGAAUGGUUCAAUUCGGUUAUACGGAUUAGGGAGUGCUCUCAACAACUUUGGGAAUGAGAUAGAGUUUUUGCCCCAACCUGCAUGGACUCCCGUGGAGAAGCACAAGUCAGCCGCACUCCCCAGCGUCUGGUCAUCUGAAGCAGCCUUCUCAAACUUCUCAUCCAGUAUAAGUUGUAUAAAAAAGGUUGGACUUCAUGCCCCUGAUGCAUCCAACACCAAUUCAUCAGUUCAGCGAGUAUUGGUGGCUACUCUUGGGUCGGGAGAAUCUGGCGGCUCUGUAUAUAUUAUGGAUCUUUCUGGUACUAUUGACUCGGCAAUGGGAUCAUGGACUGCCUGUAGAGUUGCAUCACUUGAUCGUACAGUGUGGACAGCUGAUUGUAGUUCUGAUGGCACACAUGCAGCUUUCGGUAUGGACCAUGGUGCCGGUUUGCUCGAUUUGGAAACAAGGGGAUUAUCGUGGCUGUGUCGCUCUAAAAGUGACAUUCUCUCCCAGAAAUUUGUGCACUCGGGAAAUGUCGUGCUAUGUGGUCUACGGAAUGGGAGUAUAGCCCCUGUUGAUGUACGGCAAAAGCAUCAUAAUCAUCCUACUGGAGUACCUUCAGCUAGCACUGCUAGGAGGACAGUUCCCAUGCUACGCUCAAAGCACCAAGGGAGGUGGAGAAACCAGGCUGAUAAGGAUAAAUGUCCAAGAUAUAUUUCUAUGUCGUCGGCAGUUUGCAGCUUGGUCACACUGUCAUCAGAUGAGAACUACUUCUUAGGAAGCUCCAUGGAUGGAUGUAUCAAACUCUUUGAUCUCCGUCUCAUUCAGAAGGGAGGGAUACAAUCAUACGAGGGGCAUGUGAACUCUCACACACAUUUACCGCUUGUUGUUGACCCAUCUGAGACCUUACUUAUGUCAGGUGGGGAGGACUGCACUGUUCGCAUUUGGAGCAUCAAAACAGGCGAACUAAUAUUUGCGCAGAGUGUGUGUGACACUCCCUUUACGGCACUUUGCUGGCCUGAAAGCAGCCGUGACUUGUGCGGUUCUUCACUGUUUGAUGUAAACCAUAGCUGGGGAGCUUGGUUGGGAUCUCGUAAUGGGCUGUUCUAUAUGCACGGUACUUGAGUGAUUCUGCAUUAGUACCAACCUGGAGCCCUAGAGCUUGGUGGCAGUAUUCUCAAAGAAAAUGUGUUGAGAGACCACUGAACUCUUGUUGCACAGAAGUGCUCAAAGCCUCAAAGGACGUAGCGCUCGGGCUGCAGCAACGACGAGAGUAUACUGGGUUGCUGGAGCUGUUUGCUGAAUGAAGAAAUAUUUGGGAGCCAGACGUUUACCUAGGAUAUCCAAACUUAAUAGGAUUAGACAUGCUGUUUCUCUUAGUGAUAGGUCACCUGUAUAACUAGGAACUGGAUUUUCCUUGAGAUGAAAGAUGGUAGGGCGCCAUAUGCUUUGUUAAGGACUUGAUAGUUGCCCAGUGCAUCUUACAAUGAAAUAGUGACGAUUUUUAAAUAUACACUUU